AUGGGCGAUCAAAGAGAUGAGCGCAUUACUACUGCUGGUGAGGGUCCUACAACUGUAUCUACAUUAGCCCCAACUUCUACUUCUGAAUCGGCUGAGGAUAUUGUCAAUGUUUGUGAGAAAGAAACAUUGAAAGUUAUAAUUGAGGACUUGAAUGGAGAUUACUUUGGGAUAUUAGUUGAUGAUUCCAAAGACAUCUCACACAAAGAACAAAUGGCUCUUGUUUUGAGGUAUGUUGAUAAGAAUGAUGAAGUUGUUGAAAGAUUUAUCGAUCUUGUCCAUCUUAGUAAUACAUCGGCAUGCUCAUUGAAGAAAGAAAUUUAUUCUUUGCUUUCCUAUCACUCACUAAGUCCAUUCAAAAUACGUGGAAAAGGUUAUGAUGGAGCUAGUAAUAUGAAAGGAGAGAUAAAUGACUUUUUUCAUCAUGUUACUAAUGUGUUGAAUGUUGUUGGAGGAUCUUUUAAGCGUAGAGAUUUACUUCGUCAUCAUCAAGACAAAAAUUUGAAGCAAUUACUUGAGUCUGGUGAAGCUCAUACCGGACAAGGAUUACAUCAAGAACGUGGACUUCAAAGACCGGAUAAUACUCAUUGGGGAUCACAUUUCAAAACAUUGGAUAACUUUCUUGUUAUUUUCUCAUCUAUUGUUCAUGUGCUUGAAGUGAUUGAAAUUGAAGAUAUUGUUAAUGUCGUGGAGUUUCUUAGCAUUUCAAAGAAAAGAUUGCAAGAUAUGAGAAAAAAUGGGUGGGAAUCUUUGUUGGAUGAUGUUUCUUCAUUUUGUGAUUCACAUGGUAUCUUAAUUCCCAAAUUAGAUAAGCCUUAUUUUCCUCGAAAGUCAAAGCGUAAGUGUUUGGAUGUUUGUUAUUCGCACCAUUUGCGUGUUGAAAUCUUUUGUGCUGUCAUUGAUGUGCAACUUCAAGAGCUUAAUAAUCAUUUUGAUGUAGUGAGUAGUGAUUUGCUUCUUAGGAUGGGUAGCUUGAAUCCUGUCAAUUCUUUCUCUAACUUUGACAAAGAUAGAAUCAUGACUUUAGCGAAGUGUUAUCCAAAUGAGUUUGAUGAUGGAAAGCUUCGAGAUUUGAGUUACCAACUUGAUACAUUCAUAAUUCAUAUGCGAGGUGGUAAUUCCAAAUUCUCCAACUUGCAAGGAAUUCGUGACUUGGCAAAGGCAUUAGUUGAGGCAAAUCUUGUGGAGACUUAUUCACUUGUUUAUUUACUUGUGAAGUUGGCUCUAAUUUUACCCGUUGCUACGGCAACUGUGGAAAGAGCAUUCUCUUCCAUGAAGCACAUAAAAAAUGCAGUGUGA